UGGACACAGCACUGUUCCCAUUUCAGCUUUAAUUGAUUCGCCUUAUUCACUCUCAUUUCCUCUCUUCAACUUUCACAGCUCUGUUCAGCUUCCGAAUUUAUUGACUUCUUUGUUGAUAGGUGAUAUGCAUUCAUACUACACGUUUUAGCCUAAUGUAUGAUUUCAUUGGCAUUUAUGAACUGUCAAGAAAGGGCGAGGAACUACACCUAAAGUUACCAAAUACAUGCUAGCCGAAAUGUAUAACUUCAUUGGCAAUAAAUGCUUGGCCAUUUUUGUUGAGUUGAUAUGUUUCAUGUUGGUGAUAUUUUGGCUGAAGGUUUGGCUAUAAAUAGAGGUGGAGCAAAUGAGAACCGUGUGUGUGAGCAAGAGAUAGUUCCUGCGUGAUACAGAGAGAAAGCAAAAGAAUUUCUUCUGUGUGUCUGCACCAAAGUGUAGGAAGAGAUAGUUCGAGACAGAGAGAAAGCAAAAGAACUUCUUGUGUGUGUGCACCGAAGUGUAGAUCUGCUUCCUAUUAACCGAUCUUCUACAUUCCUUCAGUUGGGGACAGUGUUUUGUUGUGGAAAGAGCGUGAAGAGGAGAGAGAGAAACAACGCGGGUUGGCUUGGUGACCGUUCCGUACACCUGAUUAGUAAUUAAUUUUUGUGGGACUCAGUGAGUGCCAUAAAGAUCAUAUAUUGCACGGAAACACCUGCCGUACUGUGUCAGCCUUCUGCAUAAUGGGCGAGAGAAUUAUUGAUAGGUUGAACGAUGUUGCCCGACAGGGAAAUAUUGAAGACGUUUACGGUUUAAUUCAGGAGAAUGUAAUGCUUUUGGAGGAGAUCGAUAAGCUACCAUUUGUUGAUACUCCUUUACACGUAGCUGCAUCUGCUGGGGGUCCACAACACAUCCGAUUUGCUAUCGAGAUGAUGAGAUUAAAGCCCUCAUUUGCCAGGAAGCCAGAUCUAAAUGGGUAUAGCCCAAUUCACCUUGCUCUACAAGGAGGGCAUACCCAGAUGGUGCGUCGGCUUCUACAAGUAGAUGGAGACCUUGUCCGUGUAAAAGGAAAGGAGGGCAGAACUCCUUUGCAUGAUGUUGCUGCAGCAGCAGCAACAGAGCAGCGACUUGCUUUAAUGGACAAAUUUCUAUCAGACUGUCCUAAUUCUAUUGAAGAUGUGACGAUUCAAAACCAAACUGCUCUGCAUAUUGCCCUCCUGGAAAACAAGAAAUUGGAUGCUUUUAAACGCUUGGUAAAAUGGCUUCGUAAAAACAAGUCUGAAAAUGCCAGGGAGAUACUGAACCGGCAGGAUGGGGAAGGCAAUACUGUAUUGCACGUGGCAGUAUCCAAAAACGAAACCGAGGCUGUGAGGGAGUUACUAAAUUGUGGGGUUAAUUUAAACGCUCGGAAUUUAGAAGGUCAUACAGCACAGGACAUAUUGCAAGAACGAAGUCAAGUAAACAACAGCGAGAUCAGAGAUAUGCUAUGCUAUGCUGGUGUUUUAUCUUGUUCGUGUUUAUUUCUUCCUUAUGUUAAUUGUUAUGAAUAUCGCUUAAGGAAACCCAUAGUCUUAUUUUAUGAGAGAUCACGAAUACUCAGGAACACUGUCUUAUUUGUUGAGAGAUUGCGACUACUCAUAGAAACUGCUCGUGAAGGGUCGAGAAUAUCGAACGAUGACCGCAAUGCGCUUUUGGUGGUUGCUGCACUGCUUAUAACAAUCACCUAUCAAGUAGUACUCAGCCCUCCUGGGGGACUUUGGCAAGAUGAGGAGCGUAGCAGUAUUUCACCAGGUCCAGCACAAGAACCAGCAUCUGAAAUUGCGCACUACGCAGGGACAGCCAUUCUCGAUUCAACAGGGCUUCAGGUCUCUUUUGAUAAAGUCGCAAUGAUAAAUUAUUUCACUUUUACGCUCUCAGCUAUAAUGACUUUUCUACUGCUUCCAAGCGGGUACAUUAGUGCGCUGUUCAGAAUGGCUCUAGUCCAAUUGUGGGUCUCCUAUUAUUAUUCCUGGGGAGUCAUAAUUGAAGAGACUUGGUCGGCGUGGCAUAACUGUCUUUAUGUUACCGGGCUAUGUUUUGGUUUGGUCUUCUUAGUUUUCUUUGGCAGACUUUUCUGUGGCGGCAGAAUAAAGUCCCUGAAUCUUCACUGGAUCUUAUCUUUUGUUUAUGCGUAUUUAAUGUUGAAGACCGUAACCCGGUCAACGUAACCCGGUUGUAAUUUGUACCCUAAUUCUAGUUUG